CCAACAACCGCUUUCCUGGGACAACACCAACUUUUCCCUCUUCCCAUCCCUCCCUUCCAGCUCUACUCCCGGAUCCUGGAGAAAAACGCCAACCCCCAGUGGAACCAGUGCCUGACGCUGCCGGCCAUGUUCCCUUCCAUGUGCGAGCGGAUGAGGAUCCGUGUGACCGACUGGGACCGUCUGACGCACAAUGACGUCAUUGGCACCGCUUUCCUCGGAAUGUCCAAGAUUUCGGCCCCCGGCGGGGAGCUGGAGGAUGAGUUUCCUGCUCCUGUGAAGCCUCUGAAACCCUCGGACCUGGAUGACGGGCUGGGAUUCCUGCCGAUCUUCGGGCCCUGCUACAUCAACCUGUACGGCAGCCCCCGGGAAUUCACCGGAUUUCCCGAUCCCUACGAGACGCUCAAUUUGGGAAAGGGCGAGGGGGUCGCGUAUCGGGGCCGGAUCCUGGUGGAGCUGGAGACCAAACUGGUGGAGCACAUGGAGCAGAAGGUGGAGGAGAUUCCUGCCGAUGACAUCCUGAGGGUGGAGAAAUACCUGCGCCGACGGAAAUAUUCCCUCUUUGCUGCCUUCUACUCGGCCACGAUGCUCCAGGGCGUGGACGGCGCCAUCCAGUUCGAGGUCAGCAUCGGGAAUUAUGGCAACAAGUUCGACACCACCUGCCUGCCCCUGGCCUCCACCACCCAGUACAGCCGGGCCGUCUUCGAUGGCUGUCACUACUAUUACCUGCCCUGGGGCAACGUGAAGCCGGUGGUGGUGCUCUCCUCCUACUGGGAGGACAUCGGACACCGCAUGGACGCCCAGAACCUCCUGCUCUACGGAGCCGAGCGGCUGGAAGCAAACCUGGAGAGGGUCCACGUGGCUCUGAAAUCCAACCGCUCUCCGGUCGAGCUGGAGGCCCUGGGAUCCCAACUGCUCGAUGAUGUCAUCGCUGACUGCAGCCUGAAGCUUCCCGAUGUCCUGGGGAGGGCAUCCAGCACCCACCUGGAUCAGAACCUGUUCCGCUUCCGGAGCACCCACCUGGAGCAGAUCCUGAAGGUGGCCCUGAGGCUCAAGCACGAGAAUUCCGGCCUUUCCCAAAUCCUGGAUCAGGCGGAGGAUUGGCUGUGCCGGCUCCGGGCCAUGGCGGAGGAGCCCCAGAACAGCCUCCCGGACAUCGUCAUCUGGAUGCUCCAGGGGGACAAACGCGUGGCCUUCGCCCGCGUCCCGGCCCACCAGGUCCUGUAUUCCCGGAACAUCUCCAACUGCUGCGGCCGGAACUGUGGGAAGCUCCAGACCAUCUUCCUCAAGUACCCGCAGGAGGAGACGAUGGGGCCGCGGAUCCCGGCGCAGAUCCGGGUGCGGCUCUGGUUUGGAUUGGCUGUGGAUGAGAAGGAAUUCAACCAAUUCGCCGAGGGAAAACUCUCCGUCUUCGCCGAAACCUAUGAGAACCAGACCAAGCUGGCGCUGGUGGGGAACUGGGGCACCACCGGCCUCACUUAUCCCAAGUACUCUGACGUCACUGGCCGGAUCAAGCUUCCCAAGGACAGCUUCCGGCCUUCCGCGGGAUGGACCUGGGCUGGGGAUUGGUUCGUCUGCCCAGAAAAGACGUUGUUGCACGACGUGGACGCCGGGCACCUGAGCUUCGUGGAGGAGGUGUUUGAGAACCAGGUCCGGCUUCCCGGGGGGCAGUGGAUCCACAUGACCGAUUCCUACACGGACGUGAAUGGGGAGAAGGUCCUGCCCAAGGAUGAGAUCGAGUGUCCUCCCGGCUGGAAGUGGGAAGAUGUGGAAUGGGACACGGAUCUCAACAGGGCUGUGGAUGAGAAAGGCUGGGAAUACGGGAUCACAAUCCCGCCGGAGCGCAAGCCCAAGGCCUGGGUGCCGGCGGAGAAGAUGUUCCACACCAACCGGCGCCGGCGCUGGGUGCGGCUCCGCCGGCGCGACCUGGAGAGCAUGGAAGCCAUGAGAAAGCACAAGCAGGAGGAGCUGGAUGGGGAUGGUUGGGAAUACGCUUCCCUCUUCGGCUGGCGCUUCCACCUCCAGCAGCGCCGCUCCGACUCCUUCCGCCGGCGCCGCUGGAGACGCCGGAUGGAGCCUCUGGAACGCACCGGCCCCGCCGCCGUCUUCGCCUUGGAAGGGGCUCUGGGAGGAGUGACGGACGACAGGAGCGACGAUGGAAAAUCCGACGGAAAAUCCGCGUCCACCCUGAGUUUCGGAGUCAACAGACCCACGAUCUCCUGCAUUUUUGACUCCGGGAACAGAUUCCACCUGCGCUGUUACCUGUACCAGGCGCGGGAUCUCAUGGCCAUGGACAAGGACAGCUUCUCCGAUCCCUACGCCAUCGUGUCCUUCCUGCACCAGAGCCAGAAGACGGUGGUGGAGAAGAACACCCUGAAUCCCACCUGGGAUCAGACCCUGAUCUUCUACGAGAUCGAGAUUUUCGGGAAUUCUCAGGAUGUGGCCGAGUCCCCUCCCAACAUCCUGGUGGAAAUCUAUGACCACGACACCUAUGGCGCAGAUGAAUUUAUGGGACGCUGCAUCUGCCGGCCCAGCCUGGAGCGCUCGCCCCGGCUUUCCUGGUAUCCCGUCCUCAAAUCCGGCCGGAAUGUCGGGGAGCUCCUGGCUGCCUUCGAGCUGAUCCAGAGGGAAAAGCCGGCUGUUCAUCACAUCCCUGGAUUUGAGAGUGAGCUCUCCUCCAGCCUGGAUGAGCUCUGCAUCCCUGCCUUGUUCUCGGAGGGGCUCCUCCAAUGGUCCGCGGAUUCCGACCUUCCCUAUCCGCCGCCGCAGCGGGAGCCCAACGUUUACAUGGUCCCGCAGGGAAUCAAACCCGUCCUGCAGCGCACGGCCAUCGAGAUCCUGGCCUGGGGGCUGAGGAACCUCAAGAGCUUCCAGCUGGCCAGCGUGACCUCGCCCAGCCUGCUGGUGGAGUGCGGGGGGCAGCGCGUCCAGUCCGGCGUCAUCAAGAACGUCAAGAAGAACCCCAACUUCGACGUCUGCGUGCUCUUCAUGGAAGUGCGUCUGCCCAAGGAGAGCCUCUACAGCCCCCCCAUCAUCCUGAAGAUCAUCGACAACCGCCCCUUCGGCCGGAGACCCGUGGUGGGACAGUGCACGAUCCGCUCCCUCCAGGAAUUCUACUGGGAUCCCUCCCAGCAGGACACGGGGGCGCCCCAGGAGCAGCCAGAUGACGUCAGCCUCACGCCCAGGGACGACGUCCUCAUCGACAUCGAUGACAAAGAGCCCCUGAUCCCCAUCCAGCUUCCCGAGGGUUUGACGAGCUCAGCACUAAUUAACAUCCCGGAUUCCCGGGCCUCGCCUCAUAGGAUUCUGUGGGAGGAGGAAUUCAUCGACUGGUGGAGCAAAUUUUACGCUUCCACAGGAGAGAGGGAAAAAUGUGGAUAUUACUUGGAAAAGGGAUUUGACACCUUGAAGGUCUACGAGACGGAGCUGGAAAACGUUGAGGAAUUUGAGCAUCUCUCCGACUUCUGCCACACCUUCAAACUGUUCCGGGGCAGAUCCCAGGAUUCCAGCGACGACCCCUCGGUGGUGGGGGAAUUCAAGGGUUCCUUCAGGAUUUACCCUCUUCCCGACGAUCCGCGCGUUCCGGUGCCUCCCCGGCAAUUCCAGCAGCUCCCGGCCAGGGGACUCCAGGAAUGUCUGGUCCGGGUUUACAUCAUCCGCGCCUUCGACCUCCAGCCCAAGGAUUCCAAUGGAAAGUGUGAUCCCUACGUGAAGAUUUCUGUGGGAAAGAAAUCCAUAAAUGACCAGGAAAAUUACCUUCCCUGCACUCUGGAGCCUGUCUUUGGGAAGAUGUUUGAGCUGAGCUGCACCCUGCCCCUGGAGAAGGACCUCAAGGUCACCCUCUACGACUACGACCUCCUGUCCAAGGAUGAGAAGAUCGGCGAGACCGUCAUCGACCUGGAGAAUCGCUUCCUGUCCAAAUACGGCGCUCGCUGCGGCCUCCCCCAGACCUACUGCGUCUCCGGCCCCAACCAGUGGCGAGACCAACUCCGCCCUUCCCAGCUGCUCCACCUCUUCUCCCUGCAGCACAACUACAAAGCUCCCACCUACAAGUCCGACCGGAUCAUCUUCCGGGAUCAGGAAUACGUCCUCUCCGAGCUGGAAGAUGGAAAACCCCCGAAUCCGCACCUGGGGCCGGUGGAGGAGCGGCUCGCCCUGGCUGCCCUCCGGAAGCAGGGAUUGGUUCCGGAGCACGUGGAGACCCGGCGCCUUUACAGCCCCCUCCAGCCGGACAUCGAGCAGGGAAAGCUCCAGAUGUGGGUGGAUCUGUUUCCCAAAUCCCUGGGACAUCCUGGCCCCCCUUUCAACGUCACUCCACGCAAAGCCAAGAGGUUCUACCUGCGCUGCAUCAUCUGGAACACCAAGGAUGUGAUCCUGGAUGACCUCAGCAUCACCGGGGAGAAGAUGAGUGACAUCUACGUCAAAGGGUGGCUGGUGGGACACGAGGAGAACAAGCAGAAGACGGAUGUCCACUACAGAUCCAUGGGAGGAGAAGGGAAUUUCAACUGGAGAUUCAUCUUUCCCUUCGAUUAUCUCCCGGCAGAGCAGAUGUGCCACGUGGCCAAGAAGGAACACUUCUGGAGCUUGGACAAGACGGAAAACAAGAUCCCACCCCAGCUGAUCCUCCAGAUCUGGGACAACGACAAGUUCUCCUUCGACGACUAUUUGGGAUCCAUCCAGAUGGAUCUCAACAGGAUGCCCAAGCCUGCCAAGACGGCGGAAAAGUGUUCCUUGGAUCUUGUGGAUGAUUCCCUGUCCUCCGGCCGCUCCGUGUCCCUCUUCGAGCAGAAAACCGUCAAGGGCUGGUGGCCCUGUGUGGCCGAGCAGAACCAGCAGAAGAUCCUGGCGGGCAAACUAGAGAUGACUUUGGAAAUCGUGGCGGAGCAGGAGCACGAGGAACGUCCGGCCGGGAUGGGACGGGAUGAGCCAAACAUGAACCCCAGGCUGGAGGAUCCCAAGCGUCCCGAGACAUCCUUCCUGUGGUUCACGUCCCCGUACAAGACCCUGAAGUUCAUCCUGUGGCGCCGCUACAAGUGGGUGCUGAUCCUGGCCAUCCUCCUCUUCAUCCUGCUGCUUUUCCUGGGAAUCUUCGUCUACGCCUUCCCGAACUACGCUGCUAUGAAACUGGUGAAACCUUUCAACUGAAGCUGCUCCCGUGCCUGCCUGGGAAUUUUGGGAAGGAACUUUGGAAGUGGAGAAGGAACAACCUCAUCCAGGCCUCCAGCUGCUGCCAAAGACUCCGCUUCCCUUUGGAAUUCCACCUGGAUUUGGGAAGCGUCACCUAACCGAAGCCUCCACCAAAAUAUUCCUGGUUUUCCAGCCUUCUGUGUUUUGUUUUGAGUUU